AUGAAUGAAGGUAAGAACCGCGUUCAAGGAAUACAUGGUGAAUUUCCUAGCACUUUUAACUGCUCACACCGUCGCUCACAAAUGUCUGGUGAUGAUGAGAGUGAAGUUGGCGACUCUGGUGAUGAUGAGAGUGAAGUUGGCGACUCUGGUGAUGAUGAGAGUGAAGUUGGCGACUCUGGUGAUGAUGAGAGUGAAGUUGGCGACUCUGGUGAUGAUGAGAGUGAAGUUGGCGACUCUGGUGAUGAUGAGAGUGAAGUUGGCGACUCUGGUGAUGAUGAGAGAGAAGUUGGCGACUCUGGUGAUGAUGAGAGUGAAGUUGGCGACUCUGGUGAUGAUGAGAGUAAAGUUGACGACUCUGGUGAUGAUGAGAGUGAAGUUGGCGACUCUGGUGAUGAUGAGAGUGAAGUUGGCGACUCUGGUGAUGCUCAGAAUGAGGUUGGCGACUUUGGUGAUGCUGAGAGUGAAGUUGGCGACUCUGGUGAUGCUAAGAGUAAAAUUGGCGACUCAGGUGAUGUUGAGAGUGAAAUUGACGACUCUGGUGAAGCUGAGAGUAAGUUGGAGACUCUGGUGAUGCUGAGAGUGAAGUUGGCGACUCUGGUGAUGCUGAGAGUGAAGUUGGCGACUCUGGUGAUGCUGAGUGAAGUUGGCGACUCUGGUGAUGCUGAGAGUGAAGUUGGCGACUCUGGUGAUGCUCAGAAUGAAGUUGGCGACUCUGGUGAUGUUGAGAGUGAAGUUGGCGACUCUGGUGAUGCUGAGAGUGUAGUUGGCGACUCUGGUGAUGCUGAGAGUGAAGUUGGCGACUCUGGUGAUGCUGAGAGUGAAGUUGGCGACUCUGGUGAUGCUGAGAGUGAAGUUGGCGACUCUGGUGAUGCUGAGAGUGAAGUUGGCGACUCUGGUGAUGCUGAGAGUAAAGUUGGCGAACUUGAAGAAGCUAGGAGUCAGGACGGCGGGGAACAGUGA